AUGGCGCCGAUCAGCAAAAUCAUCUCGACGCUGUUCUGCGGCAUCGGCAGCGACUCGAACGAUGGCCGCUCGCCGAGUCCACCUCCUCCAGUCCUCACAUCCGAUCAGCAGCACAAAGCGGCGACUCCACCGCACGAGCUGCCCGCCUUGAACUUUGCAGCGCCCUUGACAGCUCCAGAACUGCCAAAGAGCCACCCGCCAUCCGUCCAGGCGAGCGACGACGCCAGCUCUGCGCCUCUUCCACCUGCGACCUCGCCGGCUGCUCUCUCGCCGCCCAUAGCGCCUGUGCCGAAGCUGCGACAGCUUGUGGUCUCUGAACCGCCUUCAAUCUCACACUAUGUCAUCCCGCCAACACCCAUCGACCCUCUCACGGCCUCCCCUCCUCCCUUCGAACGGCCCGCAACUCCGUCUGACUCGCGCUCGCCAGCAGCCUCAACCAGCUCAACACCCCGCCUGUACCCUUCCUCGCCAAAUCUUACCGUCACAGACCCGCGGUCACGCUCUCCACACCGGCCGCCGCGCGGUCACCACCGGAGAAGCUCGUCCACGGGAUCCAGGUCUUUCCGCGAGACGCUGAACGCAUUCGCGGUCGAAGGGCCGGAUGGGGUGCGCAGUGUGAACCAUUACGUCCUGGGAGAGGUGUUGGGGAGGGGAUCGUACGCGACUGUCGAGAAGGCGAUCGAUCGCGAGACGGGACAUGCCUAUGCCAUCAAGGAGUUCUCGAAACGGCGACUACGGCAGAUUGCAGCGGCAGAAGCGUUGCGGAGAGAGCGACAAGCGGAUCGAAUGAACGGCCGAGGUCGCGGACGAGGUCGCGGACGAGGGCGAGGGCGAGGAGGCGCUACGUCUGCGUCGCGGAUCCUGCAGGCGGCGGCGGAUGAUCCAGAUACGGCUGGACCGGACAACCUGGAUCUCGUCAAAACGGAGGUUGCUAUCAUGAAGAAGGUCGACCACCCGAAUUUGGCCUCUGUUCACGAGGUCAUCGACGUGACUUCAGACGAUGCGUUGCUGAUCAUGGAGCUUUGCGAAGGCGGACCGAUCCUCAAGCUGAAGGACGGCGAGGAGGUCAAGCCUUACACAGAGGAAGAGGCGCGGCUGAUCUUCCGGCAACUCGUGUUGGGGAUUGCCUACUUGCAUCACAACGAGAUCAUCCACCGCGAUAUCAAGCCUGACAACGCCCUCUUCUCCGACCUCGCCCGCACGCACGUCAAGCUGGUUGACUUUGGCGUCUCCAAGUUCGCGCAAACGCCUCAGCCUUCGGCGAUGGACAAGCCGGGCAACCUGUCGGUCGCGGGCAGUCCGGCUUACAUGGCGCCUGAGUUGCUUCCGUCGAGCAAGAAGGAGGAUGAAGAGGAGGAAGAGGGCUUGAAGCUGGAGGAUGGGAAGGUUGGAUACGCUUGCGAUGUGUGGAGUCUAGGCGCAACGCUCUACGCCCUUGUGACUGGUCGCUUGCCCUUCCAAGCCGAGGACCCUAUCGAGCUCUUCCGCCAAAUCCGGGAGGACCCCGUCGACAUCCCUUCCACCGUCUCCGAACCCCUCCGCAACCUCCUCACCUCGCUCCUCGCCAAAUCUCCCUCAGCUCGCCCGUCCGUCCCCUCGCUUUGGUCCGACCCAUGGCUCACGUUCAACUCAACCGACCCGAUGCCCUCAUAUGAAGAGAACGUCUCGACCGAGAUCCAAGAACCCUCAGGCGAGGAAGUCGACCACGCGCUCGCGGCUUAUCGCGGCUCGGCGUUUUUGGCGAUGAGCGCGGCGGCCAAGUUCAAGGGGUUGUUGAAUGCUGCGAUGGUUAGGAGGAAGAGCGAGGCGGCUCUGGCGGGUUCGUCGUCCACCGACAGUGUCGAGGCGGACACCAAGGCGCGAGGGGGAGGCGUGAUGGUCGAUUCACCCGAGAUGGUCUCGAGUCCAAUCGCCUCGCCCGACCUGCGCCCUUCGUCAACCUCGUCAACUCCAUCGCCCUCGUCUUCGCGCAACAACCUCGCCGGUCGACGCCGUCCUGCAGCGCGCGAACAGACAACCAUGUCGUCCCUCUCGAUCAGCGAUGCGACUUCGCGCUGGACGCUGUCUACCCCUACAUCCGUCUCUGGCGGGUCGGCAGAGCGUGCGAAGGACGACGAGCAAGACGAAGACGAAGACACCGAGAUGCGCAGUCGCUCUGAUUCUCCGACACCUAUGCCAGCCAGCCCCCGACAGCAACCACGAACGACAGACGAGCCUCGAGAGUGGGGCGGGACGACGGCGCCCAGUGCGGCGAUGGACGAGGCGGGGGUCGUCAAGCCUGAUGAGAAGGGAGGGACGGGGGCGGGCGCGGACGUGUGGGAGGAUCCGGAGUAG